AUGAAAAGAGUAUGGACUGAUUCACCAACAAUAAAAGAUAUAUCACAUUUACUUCCAUCACCCAAAAUUAUUCUUAAUAAUCAACUUAAUUCUAUUAGUAAUCAAGAUUUAAUUGAAUCGAUCGAACCAUUUAAUGAAUUAACUACUUAUUAUGCUCAAAUGGCAAUAAAAGAUCUUGAUUUGAAUCAACAACAUCAUCCAUUAUUGAAUGCGUGUCAUUCUCUUGCUUCAACUUUACAUGAAGAAGUAACAUGGCAUUCAACACAACUUCGUCUUAUUCAAUUAAUUCAACGUUUUCCUCGUUUGAAACUAUUUCUAAUCAUAU